AUGCAACGACCGAAUAUUUUAGUGGUACAGUCAACUUCAUCCUCAUCGCAACAGUCAUCAACGGCAAUGGACACAAAAAAUUCGAAAUCACAAAAAACUUCGGUUGAAACCACCGAAACAGACGACGCCGAGUGUGCGAUAUGCUUUCAGCCAUUCACAUUGAAGGCAACCUUACCUGGUUGUGGACAUUCGUUUUGUUUCCUAUGUAUUAAAGGUGUUGCACGAAGGCGUGCAUCAUGCCCGUUGUGUCGUCAACCGAUUCAUGCCGAGAUAUUCCAAGAUCCUGUUGUUAUGGUCGAUAAAAAUGUAUCAUCCACUUCACAGAAAACAGCAACCAGCGAAGACGUACGUUGUCGUGACAGCGGUGACUGUAGUGGUUCGUCGCAACAUAAAAAUUUGCCAUCAGCUGAAGGAAACGAGAAGCAAUCCGUUGAGGCAACAACAGAAGAGCGAAAUGCGAUCACUGUGCGAUGGUUUUAUCAGGUGCUUAGCGCACAGAUUCUCCUUGACAAUCGCUUUCCCAGAUACCAUAGAAGUGAUCAUUCACGUCGGCAAUUUUCGAUUGAUUUGAAUGUUUUCAAUUUUUUAGUAGCAGUGAUUUGGGUCGAUCGUUGUGUUGUUCCACUCAAAUUUUCGAUUUCCUCAGGCCGAAUGCCUUCGUGA